AAAAAAAAAAAAAACCUUUUGAAAAAAAAAAAAAGGUCCUGCACCUAAGCGACCUCUGCUCGAUUUUUUUUCCUCUAUUUGAGAUGACUUGAUCUUUCAGAUACAACCUUUUCAGAUUGUAAGUAAGAAUGGCUUUGAAAGAUAAACCUGUUAAAAAGACCGCUGCUAAGGGCAAUUCUGGUGCCAAAGGUAAGCCUGUUAAAGGCAAAGGUAAACCUGCCAAAGGUAAAACUUUGAAAAAAGGACCAAAUGGUAAGGUUGUUAAAAAAUCGAAAAAACCCCAAACACUUAAACAACAACAAAAAUUAGAAUCUAAAGUGGUAAAAGCUGGUAAUUUGAAUUGGAAACCAGUGGAAAUCCCUGAUAAUUUAGAUGAUUAUGAAGGUUUCUACGGUUUAGAAGAAAUUGACGGGGUUGAUGUUAAAAUAGUUGAUGGGAAAGCUGAAUUCAUAGUUCAAGAUAAAAGAAAUUUGAAAACUGAAGCACAAUUAGAAGAAUUAGAAAAAGCCGAUGGUGUUUGGGAAGACAAGGAAAAUAAAGAAGGUAAUGACAAAGAAGAUGAAAAGGAACUGGAAGACGAAGAUGAAGAGGAAGAAUUUACUGGAUUUGACGAUAUCGCCGAACCAAAAGCACAAGAUAACCAAAAAGAAGCACAAGAUAACCAAAAAGAGGAGGCCUCAAACAAGCAAGACAAAGAUGAAGAGCUCUUACAAAAUGCUUUCAAGCAACUUGAUUUACCUUUACCUGAUGACGAUGAUAUUGACUUACCUGCUUGGACUGAUCAAGAAAAAGGAUUGGAGUUAAGUGCUUAUACUUUAAAUGGGUUAUCAUCUUUAAAGUUUAAUCAACCAACACCUAUUCAAAAAAGAACCAUCCCUCUUGCUUUACAAGGUAAGGAUGUCAUAGGUAAAGCAACCACUGGUUCAGGUAAAACUUUGGCUUAUGGUAUACCAAUUUUAGAAAAACAUAUUUCCAAAAUUAAUCACAUCAAAAAUAAUUUGAAAAAUAAAAAAAUAAACUCUCCUUCAGGUAUCAUUUUCGCUCCAACUAGAGAAUUGGCUCAUCAAGUUGUUGAUCAUUUAAACAAAAUUGCACAAUAUUCUCCCUUAUCUCAACAUGGUAUUGUGACCAUCACUGGUGGGUUGUCUAUCCAAAAACAAGAGAGAUUAUUAAGCCAUGGCCCAGGUAUCAUCGUUGCCACCCCAGGUAGAUUCUUGGAAUUAUGUCAACAAGAUGAAGAAUUAGCCAAAAGAUUGGCCUGCACCGAUAUACUCGUUCUAGAUGAAGCUGAUAGACUUUUACAAGAUGGUCAUUUCGAAGAGUUUGAAAAAAUUUUGGAACUUUUCCAUAAACAUAGACCUCGUAAUGAUUCAAAAAUUGAUUGGAAAUGGCAAACCCUCGUUUUCUCAGCUACUUUUUCAACUGAUUUAUUUGGUAAAUUAGAUAAAGGUUAUAAAAAAGGUCAAAAAAGUCAAAUUUCUGGUUCAUUGAUUGAUAAUGAAGGUAUUUUGAACUUAUUAACCGAAAAAUUGAAAUUUAAAGAUGCAAAGCCGUCAUUAAUUGAUGCUAAUCCAAAAGAAAUUGUUUCUGGUCAAAUCACUGAGGCUUUGGUUGAGUGUGGUCCUACUGAAAGAGAUUUAUAUUUAUAUUAUUUCUUGUUAAUGUAUUCUGGAUCUACUUUAGUUUUUGCGAAUUCAAUUGACUCGGUUAAAAGAUUGGUUCCAUUAUUAAAUAAUUUAAAGAUUCCAGCAUUUUCAAUUCAUUCUUCUAUGAUUCAAAAACAAAGAUUGAGAGCAUUAGAAAGGUUUAAGGAAGCAAGUGAAAAAAAUUCAACUGCAGUACUUAUAGCAUCCGAUGUUGCUGCCAGAGGUUUAGAUAUUUCAAAUAUUGAUCAUGUGGCCCAUUAUCAUUUACCUAGAUCAGCAGAUGUUUAUAUUCAUAGAUCAGGUAGAACUGCAAGAGCUGGUAAAGAGGGGGUUUCAGUGAUGUUCUGUUCUCCACAGGAGGCAUCAGGACCUUUUAAAAAGUUGAGAAAAAUGGUUGCAAGCUCUUCAGAAAAUAAUGCCAGAUUAAAUGUUCAUAAUGACGUUAAAUUAUUACCAAUUGAAAUGGACAUCAUUUCCCAGAUCAAACCAAGAGUCAAACUUGCAGCAAAAUUAUCUGAUGCAAAUCUCUCCAAUACUGCAACUCGUAAAGAAGAUAGUUGGGUCAAGCAAGCUGCCGAUGAUUUGGGGCUUGAAGAUUUGUCUGAUAUAGAAAAUUUUGAAGAUGAUAUUAUUAAAAAACAAAGAAAAAGAAAAGAAGGUAAGACCAUUACUAAAGAAGAAGCAAAACAAUUAAAAUUUCAAUUAAACGAACUAUUAAACACUCAAUUAAGAAAAAAUCAUAGGAGGUCAUACUUGACUAGUGGAUUGGAAAAUCUCGCUCAUCAAAUGGUUAGUGGUAAGACCCAUCAACAAAUUUUGGGGCAUAAAGAAUCUAAAGCUUUGGAUGAAUUAAGAAAGAAACCUCAAUCAAAGGCCAAAAUUAAUAAGAAAAAGAAUAAAGAAGCCCUUGGUAAGAUUUCCAAGCCAGUUAAGAAGUAAACUUUGCAUUUAUAGAUUAUUUUGUACAAUAUUUAACUAGUUAU